AUGGAGAUUGUCACAACAACCCCACUGCCUGAACUGUACAGCAUCACUGAAAGUGAGACUACUUUUGGCCUCAAUUCUGAAGUCAAUAUUUGGAAUGAUUCCUGUCCAGUCCUCACCAUACCAGCAGAAUUUGUCCACAAGUACCUCUACUCCUCUGUUGAUGUAGUCCUGACUACUAUUCUGAUGCCGAUUGCGAUCUGCCUGGGCUGUCUUCUUAACGGCGGUUUCUUGUACGUUGUGGCCAGCAUUCAGUCAAUGCAAACUACUACCAACUUCUACUUAGCUAACUUAGCCGUGUGUGACGGGUUGUAUCUUCUAUCUACAUCCUACGCGAUACGUUCUUACAUAGUGUCAGGCACCGUGUCACGCAACGCAGUACAAGAUGGCGACAUCUCGUGCGUGAUACUAGUCUUGCAAACAUUGUUCUACGUAGCCUCCUUGGCAUUCAUCACACUAGUCACGAUGGAGCGAUUCUUUGGCAUCUGCUAUCCGAUAAAGAGCCUGGCUCUCAACCGUCGCAGACGUACCGUCAAGCUAGCAGUUGGUGCCUGGCUGAUCUCCCUGGCUGUUGGGUUUCUGUACACCAUGCCGUACAUGUAUGUGGAGAAGAUCUGCAUCAACUGGCCUGACGAGGAACGUUUCGCUGACUUACCGAAGGUGGUAGGAUGGUGUACUGGGUCUCUCAUUCCGAAGCGUUUCACCAUCUUUCCAAUCAUCAUACGUGGCUGUAAAGCGCUUACUUUCGGCAUACCAUUCAUCCUGUGUACCAUCAUGUGCAUCAAGAUCGUCGCGGCGCUUGGUAAGAGGCCCCUUCCAAAGAGUCAAGCGGAACGGGCUCGUCUCCAUGUCACCAGAAUGCUGCUCGUCAACAAUACGGUGUUCUUCAUUUGCAACAUCCCGAGCACCGUCUUGCACAUCUGUGUAAUCUCUGCUCUAUUUGUCGGGACAUCGAUAGUCCCUGAAGAGGUCAUUACUACAAUGAUCCAGACGGCUAUUGCCUGUACCCUGAUCAACUCAGCAGUCAACCCCAUCAUCUACAACGCCAGCAACCCCCGCUAUCGGCAGGCGUUUUGCCAGGCCUUCACGACGUGUCUCUGCUCUCGGCGCGAUGGCAAAGGCGGACAGCAAACCUCUCAGCUAUCAACCGUUGAUCAGCGAAGACUUGGUACAACAUCAUCAAAGAUAGAAGAUGUCUCAGAAAAUAAGUAA